UGUAUGGAGCUUCCGCACCCUCCCCUUCGUUCUCUCGUUCGUCGUCCUCGAUUCUUUCUCCUCCUCGAUCGGGCGAACCCAAUCCAACUCACCAGACCCCCUCAUAACUCUCUUCCUCACUCUCAUGGCUUCCAAUUUACGGCUUCGUGAUUCUUGAUUGGGAGCUCUCGACCAGGAUCUGCGGUUUCAUCUCUUCUUAUUCUCCUACCAUCUCGUCUUUAUGUCGUCGCCUACAUCGGUGUCGCUGUCAGGGGGCAAGAUCUGCUUCAACUCCCAUUGCAAGGAGGUUAUACCGGACCACACGCCUCCGCGGAAGAAGGGGGGGUGGCGCCUUCGUUCUGGCGAGAUCGCUGAGCUCUGCGACCGCUGCUCCUGCGCUUUUGAGCAAGGGUCUUUCUGCGAGACGUUUCACUCUGAUGUUGCUGGUUGGAGGAACUGUGAGGCGUGUGGCAAGCGGGUGCAUUGUGGGUGUGUCGCCUCAGCCCCUACGUACGUGUUUCUUGAUGUUGGAGGAGUUGAGUGCAUUGCAUGCGCUAGGAAAUCUCUUGCGAUGGCACCAAAUCAAAUGUUGUCUUCUCCUAUGCUUAUGCACCAACAUGUAUCUGAGAGGAGAGAUUUACCUGUUAAAUCUGGGAGACCGAUAACCAGUCCAUUUUCUGGACAGUGGCGUCAAGCUCCACAUAUGUGGAACAUGACAAGCUUGCAGUCUGACUUACAGCAAAGGCUAUCAUAUGAAUUUGACAGACCUAGUAACAUUGAAAAACUGGCACCUGGAGGCCGCCAUUCUAUAUCAGCACAUGAAAAGAAAUUUGAAGAACUCCCCGAAAGAAUAAUGUCUGGCAGCCAUAACAAUAUUGCACGAGACAGAUAUGCUCAUGGGAACACAGGAGAAAAUGAUCCUGAUUCUACAAGGAAAUCAGUAAUUCCAGAUCCUUGUUCAACCAGUUCUGGAGUUAAAAUUGAAGCAAAAGCAAAUUCAUCUAUCAAAUUGCAACCUUUACCUAUUUCAAAAGAAGACUCUUCUCCACUUAUUGGGUUGGCAGCUCCCUUUUCAUCGACAAAUGGAUCAAGGGAGCCAAUGAAGUUCUUGUCAAACCAACCACCACAACUAACAACUUCUCCAUUACCAAAGCAGUUUUACCCCGAGGGUAUCGCAGAUACUGAACUGCAAAUUCAAAUGCGCAAUGGAAGAGCUAGAGUGGAUGCCCGUUCACGAACACAAUUGCUUCCUCGAUAUUGGCCUAGGAUAACAGAUCAAGAGCUACAACAAAUAUCUGGGGAUACAAAUUCCGUCAUCACUCCAUUGUUUGAAAAGAUGUUAAGUGCUAGUGACGCUGGCAGGAUUGGACGUCUUGUGCUUCCAAAGAAAUGUGCUGAGGCAUACUUUCCCACAAUUUCUCAGCCUGAAGGACUUCCUUUGAAAGUUCAGGAUGCUAGUGGAAAGGAUUGGGUGUUUCAGUUUCGUUUUUGGCCUAAUAAUAACAGCAGGAUGUAUGUCUUGGAAGGCGUUACACCUUGUAUUCAGGCAAUGCAAUUGCAAGCAGGAGACACAGUUACCUUUAGUAGGAUAGAUCCAGAAGGAAAGUUGGUCAUGGGAUUUAGAAAGGCUUCUAGCGGCUCUACUGAACAGGAUACUCAAACACAUAUAUCUGGCAGUGAUUUCUCAACACUUCCAGAAGGUAAUGACAAAAUUGCUGUUACAGAUCUCAUUGGAAAUGUCCCUUUUCGAGCCUCUAAAGCCAGCAUAGAGCCAAGUAAUCCAAUCAAUGCAGCAGACAAAUCGUCCUGGCCUAAGUUCACAAAGGCAGGAUUUAUACAACAAGAUGGGCCUGCUGCCAGGUCGUUGCAGGUUCCUAGCAAAAGGAAAGCCAGCACUCUUGGCUCAAAGAGUAAACGUCUACGGAUUGAAAAUGAGGAAUCCAUGGAAUUGAAACUAACAUGGGAAGAGGCUCAAGAGCUGCUCCGACCACCUCCAAACUCUUCUCCUGGCAUUGUUGUGAUUGAAGGUCACGAGUUCGAGGAAUAUGAGGAAGCACCUGUAUUAGGGAAGCGGACAUACUUUACCACAAAUCCAGCUGGAAGAGGUGGUUUCUUCUCCCCACACGCGGUUUCUUCUCCCCGCGUGGGGAAUGGUUUUUUCUCCCCGUCGAGGCUUCUUCUCCCCACGUGGCUGAGGAGAAAUCGCCGACGACGCCAAGGCCUCGUUGCCUCAGACGAGGAGGAGGUGACAUCUCAUCUGCGACGUCCGCGACGGAUCAGGAUCGUCAAGGGAGAGCGGCGUCGGAUCUCCAGUGAAAAUUAUCAAUGGGCUCAGUGUGAGGAUUGUUUGAAGUGGCGCAAACUGCCAAUUGACACACUCCUGCCAUUUAAGUGGACUUGUACUGAAAAUGUUUCGGAUCCUGAAAGGUCAUCUUGUUCAUUUGCACAAGAAUUGAAUUUGGAGCAGAUAGCUGCUAUGAUCUCUUGUAAAACAGCAGAUGCUUCCAAGAGGGCCAAGGUGAAAGUAGAAAGCAACAACAUUGAAGUAUCUGAUGGGCUCGAUACACUUGCCAACCUUGCCAUUCUUGGUGAAGGCAAAAACCUUCCGACGUCUCAACCAACAACAAGACACCCACGGCACAGGCCUGGCUGCACAUGCAUCGUCUGUAUACAGCCUCCAAGCGGAAAAGGUCCCAAGCACAAGCAGACUUGCACUUGCAACGUUUGCCUCACCGUGAAACGCAGGUUCAGAACACUCAUGUUAAGGCGUGAAAAGCGUCAGUCUGAAAAGGAAUCUGAGACUGCACGGAAGCAGCAGCAGAAGCCCAUGCUACCAUCGUCUGAGGUGCUGCCACAAGUGAAGAGUGACCCAUCGUCGACUGGUCCAGGCGAUGACAAUGCUUCUCAAAAAGAAAUAGCGAACAACGAUACGAUAGUCGAUGCAGCACCUGACCACAGAAGAACUUCUCCGACGGCAGUUAAGGCCCCUCAAAUCGAUUUAAACAUCCAGCCAGAGAGGGAGGAAGAUCCAUCACCCAAAUCUGAUACUGGAAGCAUGAUGAGGCUCAUCAGAGACUCCGCAACUAGAACAGCGAGAUAACUGAAACGAGCAAGACCAGGAAGCCAAAAUUAAUUAUGCAGAUGCUAGAUUACGGGCUUGUAUAGUAGGCAAUUAGAUCCGCAUCAUCUAUCCCUUCCGCUUGAGGAUUGCAUACCGAAGGAGCUACUUGGCGACUGAACAUCGGUGGUAUUUAUUAACUGCAAUGGUCUUUCGAGUCAUAUCUGGCAAACAGCUCCAAUGUGUAUAGAACACUCGAUCAGAAUGCUGAUGCAUCGUAAGUUCCAUUUGCUGUUGUUGUUGUUUCGUCUUCUGUAAGCCAAAUAGGUGUGUCAAGUAGAGAUGUCUGAGUCUAUUGUGGGGCAGACACGUAACAGAAAAAGUUAGUUGUAAGAAAAGGCUCUUUAAAGGUGGUGGUUAA